AAAAAAAAAUGGGAAAAGAUGCAGUUACAAUGUGAUGCUACCUUCUCGUAGCGGACCUGACGUCAUGAGGAUGAUGAAGUAUAUAUAAAGGGAUGCCUCGGACCGUGGUCAGACAUCAUCCCAUCCUCUUCUCAUCAGUGGUCAUCCCAGGUACCUCCAGAACUUCAGAGUGAUUUAAAACUUCAGGAAAGCAAGCCAAGAUGCAUUUUGUUCAGGUGACAGUUGUGAUUGUAGGUCUUGUAAGUUAUGUCUGUGCAAUAGGUUAUGGUGGCGGAGCAGGUAGUUACGGAGUUGGCGGAGGCCGAGGCGCCGGUGGUUUCGGCGGCGGAGCUAGAGGAGGCUUCGGCGGUGGAUACGGCGGUGGGGCUGGAGGCGGAUACGGCGGUGGAGCAGGAGGCGGAUACGGUGGAGGAGCUGGAGGAGGAAACUACCCUCCUCAGCCUUACAAUUUCGACUAUCAGGCACGUGAUGAGCAGGGCAAUGUCCAUUACCGAAAUGAACAGGGAGACCAAAGUGGAGCUGUAAGAGGUUCUUAUGGCUAUACAGAUAACCAAGGACUGUACAGAGUCGUCGAAUAUGUUGCCGAUGCUGGUGGAUUCAGAGCCAACAUCCGAACCAACGAACCAGGAACUGACGGCAAAGAAAGUCCAGCUGAUGUCCAGCUAGUAGCUGAGCAACCACCUGCUGGUAUCCAAGAUCGAUACACUAGAGUUGGAGGCGGUGGAUAUGGUGCAGGAGGUGGUUAUGGAGGAGCUGGUGGUUAUGGUGGUGCUGGAGCUGGUGGUUAUGGCGCUGGUGCUGGAGCCGGUAGAGGCGUUGGAGCUAUCGGAGGUGCUGGUGGAUUCCGAGGAGGAGCCGGAGGUUUUGGUAGCCACGGCGGAGCUGGAGGCUUUGGAGGCAGUGGAUUCCAUGGCGGAGCCGGUGUUCGAAGUGGCAAAAGUGGUUAUUAAAUCUACAUUUUACAAUGUUGAGUAGCAUUUGAUUGUUGUUCUUGUUCCAUUGAUAUUUAUUGUUCAAGCGUUUUUGGCAGCAUUUGAACAAGCUUUUGAAUAUUCCAAGCUAGUUUUAUAAAACUUAAUUGUAAUCGUAAUGUGGAAAAGUGCCAGUUAUUAAGGAUAUGUAUUACUUAUAUAGACUGUUAAUUAAAUUGAAUUUAACAUUUCAAAUAGUGUUUUACAAAAAGACUUGGAAUAAAAAGCUUGGUUCUUAAGGCUAUGGAAGCUUUAAAUAUCUCUCGUCCUUUCAUUUUGCGUGGAAGAGCUGUUUUUGCGUUCGUUGUUAUGUUUUCGUGAUGCUCAAUGCCAACGCACCAAAGGGCUUCGAUGCUGUUGACUGUAAACCUACAAAAUAACUUUUAAUUAACAGCAUUAACAUUUCAUUAAAAAUGGGGAAAAAACUAAAUUUCUAUUAAAGAAAAUAUAUUUGUAAACGUAAAAUUUAUAAUAAAACUAAUAUAGCUCUUGCUUAUAUAAUAACUUUAAUUGCAUAUUGCGGAGUGAUAAAGCUCUUCUGUAUUUUUAAUAAAUAAAUAUCUGAAGAGAGUUUAAUGUUGUCGACAGCGCAGAGUCACUAAACCAAGAAAAGGGUUUGCAGUGCAGCAGCAUCCUUUUAGUUUAUGGUGUAAAUGAUGCAUAUUUUAAUAACCAUAUUUGUUCAUUAUCACAUCUUUGCCACAGUACGACAAGUGAAUAAUUUUGAAAUGGGCAUUAUGUGUUGAUAGGAGAUAUCUGCGAUUUAACCUAUUCAACUGAGCCGUUAAGAUAUUUGUAUAUUAAGAUGUGGAUUGAACAUUCGUUUUUUUCAUGCAAAUCUUAUAUGUGUAAUAUUUAGGGGAAGAAGUCUUCACUAUGUAACGUGACUGAAACUCAUGCAUAUGUAUGUACAUUUGGGUGUUUCAUGUAUUAUUUUAAAUAAAAUGCAUAUUUAAAAUGUAA